CUGCGGUCCCUCUGCAGAGGGCUGCUUGCUCCAGGUGCGACCGUGGCUUCCCGGCUGCCUAGGCGCCUGGCCCCGCGAGCGCCCCCCGACCUCGGCAGCAGAGUCGGACAGGGACCCCGGCGUCUUCGGUUGAUCGUUAAAUAAAACAAAAAUCUACCCAGUAAAGGGCUUUCGUGAAGAAAUUAAAGAGAGAAAUUACAAUAGAGAAACUAGGCAUUUGUAUACUGGAGAAACCUCCUUAACAACUAUAUGGAGUAAGACGAAAAGAGUGGAUACACCUGGAAGAAAUUUUACUUAGUAUGAUGUUUUUGCCCACCUUUUUGUCAUAAAAGGCUGCUAAGGAAGAAGGAAUACAGUUUUCUGGAGAAAGAGAGUGUAAUGUAAAAAUGGAGACCACAGUUUCUGAAAUUCAAGUAGAAAGCAAGGAUGAGAAGAGACCAGCAGAAGUUAGUCCUCAGGAUAAGAGGCAGGAAGAAGAGGCAUCGAUGCUUUGCUUCAAGAGAAGAAAGAAACCAGCCAAAGCGGUGAAGCCCAGAGUCGGCUCUGACGCUGCUGGUGUGGCAAGGAAGUGUCCCCUAGAAGCAGGCGCUUCUGAUCAGCCACAACCCCAAGUGGGGGCCUGGGCCUCAAUCAAACGUCUUGUAACACGCAGGAAAAGGUCAGAUUCUUCAAAGCAGCAGAAGCUCUUUGAGGCUAAAGUGCAACCUGAAAUCAAUGCUGAAGAUGCUGAUCCUUCUAAGAAAAAGGCAAAAUCCAGACUUAAGAUUCCCUGCAUAAAAUUCUCCAAAGGGGAGAAAAGAAGUAAUCAUUCCAAAAUUAUUGAAGACUCAGACUGCAGCAUCAGAGUCCAGGGAGAAGCUGAAAGUUUGGAUACAAAAACUCUGACCCAAUCAGAUGACCAGGCCACAAAGACCAAGGUCACCCAGGAUGUAAGUGAAGAUGUCUCUCAGAAAGGGAUUGAUGAGGUCUGUGAAUUCAAUGUGAGCAACAGCAUAAUUUCUCCUGGAGAGACAGUGAUUUCAGUAGAAGUUGGGUUAGAUAUGGGGCCUUCUGCUAUUCAAACAGGAACUCUAAUUCUUGAAAAAGAUAUUGAGAUGACUGAGGAAAAGCAAAGUGUUCAACCCCAGCAGGCAAGCCCACUUGAAAUUUCAGAAACAGAACAUCCGCUACCAGUGGUUUCUGAUGUUUCGCCCUCACCUGCAAUCCCAGAUCAACAAAUUGUGGAAGAAGCCAGAAACAGUAUCCUAGAAAGUGGACCAGAUUGGAAAGACUAUGAAAGUAGAGAGAUUGUAGCUGAAGAGAGUAAGCCAAAAGACACUGAAUUGAGCCAGGAAUCAGGCUUUAAAGAAAAUGAGAUCAAUGCAGAGAAACCCAAACCAGAAGAAAGCAAAAGAAUGGAGCCAAUUGCUAUUAUUAUUACAGACACUGAAAUCAGUGAAUUUGAUGUUAAGAAAUCUAAAAAUGUCCCUAAGCAAUUCUUAAUGUCAAUGGAAAAUGAGCAAGUAGGAGUUUUUGCUAAUGACAGUGGUUUUGAAGGUAGAACUUCAGAACAAUAUGAAACACUUUUAAUAGAAACAGCCUCUUCUCUUGUCAAGAAUGCUAUCCAGUUGUCUAUAGAACAGCUCGUCAAUGAAAUGGCCUCUGAUGACAAGAAAAUAAACAACCUUCUACAGUGACUUAAUUUCCAGAUCAUGGGAGGGAAAAAAAAGCUUAAUGAUGAAUUAUUUUACAUGUGUGUGGCAUUUCUUACGCAGUAACAAAUGAGAGAUUUAUCAUCUGUGGAAUUUAAAGGUAUAAUUCCAGCCCAGAAGUGCUAAAGAAUUAAUCAAGUUAAUAAAACUCUCCCUAACACUGAAAUGCAGUCACUUCUGGGUUGGAGGAAGUCAGUACAGACUACGAUGCAAGGAGACACAGACGGAGCUGCUAAAAUCACAUGUGGUGAUUGAGAUGCUGGGAAGAAGAUGUAUUUAUGGAGCUCUUACAGUAUGCCAUAAGCUCUUUGAUAUCCUCUGACGUCACAAAGCCUGGUUUCCUUGUGAUAGUUCAACCCUCUGUAUUGGUUAACAUCCCAUUCAGUUUUCCAAAAACUUUUUUUUACAGUGCACUUUUAUGUUGUUUGAAACGGUGAAUAAGGUGAGCUAUUUUUGUGAAUGUGUGAUUCAGAGUUGUUACACUCCUAGGCAGUAGUCUUAC